AUGAAGUCUCUCCAAGUGCUUGAUAUGUCUAAUAACCAAUUGAUUGGUCAGAUUCCACAAUGUUUAGGUGACUUCAGCAAUUCUCUUUUAGUUUUGAAUUUGAGAAACAACCGGUUUCACGGAAACUUGUCUGAGACAUUUAUUGAAGGAAGCAAUUUGAAGACAUUGGACUUCAGUUACAACCAAAUACAAGGGAAGAUUCCACGAUCAUUAGUGAAGUGUAAAAUGCUAGAGGUUUUGAAUCUUGGAAAUAACAAUAAGAAUGACACAUUCCCUUUCUGGCUGGAGUCUUCGCCUGAAUUGCAGAUUCUUAUCUUGCCAGGAAAUGGAUUUCAUGGUGCCAUAUGGGAUGCUCACAACAAUUUCUCUGGCAAGUUGCCAUCACAAUACUUCAAAACCUGGACCGGAAUGGUAAUAGUGCCUGACAAAGAUAAGUUACAACCAAAAUACAUGGGAGAUGACUUUUAUUAUAAAGACUCAAUUACAGUGAUGAAUAAGUGCUUGGAAAUGGAACUUGUAAGGAUAUCGAUCAUUUUCACAUCCAUUGAUCUCUCAAACAAUAGAUUCCAUGGUGAUAUUCUGGAUACCUUGGGAAUUCUUAAGGCAUUAAUUGUUCUCAACUUAUCGAGCAAUAGUUUCACAAGCCCUAUCUCAUCAUCUUAUGGGAGCCUAAUUGAACUCGAAUCAUUAGAUCUCUCUCAAAACGAGCUCUCAAGAGAAAUACCUCAAGAAUUAACAAGUAUCAUGUUUCUUGAAUAUUUAAACCUUUCUCGAAACAACCUUAAGGGCCCAAUUCCUCAAAAUGGGCAGUUUGGGACAUUUGAAAAUUCAUCUUUUGAGGGGAACUUGAGAUUGUGUGGCUUUCCAUUGACAAAGAAAUGUGAAAGUCAUGAUACACCAACUCCUAAAUCAAGCCAAGAAGCAUCAUUAGGAGAAGCAUUCGAUUGGAUUGUAGUAGUUAUAGGAUAUGCUUGUGGACUAGUAAUUGGAUUGGUUACUGGACAUGUCAUCACCUCCACAAGGCCAACUUGGUUUGUGAAAACUUUUGGAGUGAACCUACGUAGGCGAAGAUGA